AAGCUGCGAUUUUUUUUUUUUAUUUUUUAAAUCAAGGGAAACGUCUUUAAAUGCUAAGUAAAAGCCCUAACCCGGGCACCUGGGUAUCGGUAGGGGUCACAGGUGGAGAGGUGCGGGACGCCUGGAGUUCAGAAGUCCAGACCGGGUGGGAAGGUCUGAGUAAGGAGCCGCCCACAAGGAGUUCCAAGUUCAGGGCGGGGUUGUGGAGUCGCUCUGGUGGAAAGACUCAUCCGAAAGCAAACGAGCCCGAGUCAGCGCUGCCCUAGGGGCCCUCCGCCUCUGGGGGGCGGGGAGUGUGUGUCACAGAUGGGCCCCGGAGUAGAGUAGGGCAGAAGAAACUGGGCCAAGCUGCACUUUUACCUCGAGGGGCCUCGAGGGCUCUCCGUGACUCUGGAGACAAGGGCACUACACGCACUUCAGGAUGAAGAGUUGCCCUCAUCGCCCCCUUCUCAGGCGGGAGCAUGCUGGGGCUCCUGGGGCUGCGGCUCCCCCCGGCGGGGUUCCUGCUCCUGUUGCCAUUCCUGCUGCUGCUGCUGCCCGCAACCCCCGCGCCCCAUCGGGCUUCCUACAAGCCGGUCAUCGUGGUGCAUGGGCUCUUUGACAGCUCGUACAGCUUCCGCCACCUGCUGGAAUACAUCAACGAGACACACCCUGGGACUGUGGUGACAGUGCUCGAUCUCUUCGAUGGCAGAGAGAGUUUGCGGCCCCUGUGGGAACAGGUGCAAGGGUUCCGAGAGGCUGUGGCCCCCAUCAUGGCAAAGGCCCCUCGAGGGGUGCAUCUCAUCUGCUACUCGCAGGGGGGCCUGGUAUGCCGGGCACUGCUGUCUGUGAUGGAUGAACACAAUGUGGAUUCUUUCAUCUCUCUUUCCUCUCCACAGAUGGGACAGUAUGGAGACACGGACUAUUUGAAGUGGCUGUUCCCCACCUCCAUGAGGUCUAACCUCUACCGCAUCUGCUAUAGCCCCUGGGGCCAGGAAUUCUCCAUCUGCAACUACUGGCAUGACCCCCACCAUGAUGACUUGUACCUCAAUGCCAGCAGCUUCCUGGCCCUGAUCAAUGGGGAAAGAGACCAUCCCAAUGCCACUGCUUGGCGGAAGAACUUUCUUCGUGUGGGCCGCCUGGUGCUGAUUGGGGGCCCUGAUGAUGGUGUCAUUACCCCCUGGCAGUCCAGCUUCUUUGGUUUCUAUGAUGCAAAUGAGACGGUCUUGGAGAUGGAGGAGCAACUGGUUUAUCUGCGGGAUUCUUUUGGGUUGAAGACUCUCCUGGCUCGGGGGGCCAUAGUGAGGUGUCCAAUGGCUGGGAUCUCCCACACGGCCUGGCACUCCAACCGUACCCUUUAUGAGACCUGCAUUGAACCUUGGCUCUCCUGAGGGAUCCCUCAGGAACCCCCCAGCCCGGAGACCAAGUGGUAGCCUUGGAUGUCAGGCCCUGGUGUGCCCGUGACCACCUCAUUGCUCCCCCACUGCCCCCACCAACCAGGGCUCCCAGGGCCCCUUCCUCCGCUCCUCUGUGAACGACAAAUCCUGGUUUCCGCCAUCUCGUGUCCUCUCGUCUGGGGCUUGCUCCGAGCUCUCCCAUCCUCUUAAGGCCAAGCGUGGCGAGUGAGAAAGCGGGUUAACUCAUGGCUGCUCCUACUGCUGCUCUGCGUCUCUGGCUGGAGACGGAGGACCCAGCCCCUGCCCACCACAGGGGUCUCCUUCCAGGCCACUCAGGACAUUUUUAGCUUCUGUUUUCCCCAUGUUCGCUGUUCGUCUGAACUCCGCUGUUGUGAGCCCUCCCAACCCCCAGGAAGGACCACCCAUGAGAGUGGGGUUCCGAGGCUCCCCUAUGGGGACAUUUCCGUUCUUGAAGUGUCAGUGUUGGGGAAUAUCUGUGGCCUGUGAGGCCCAUCUCAGGUUUGGGGAUCCCCCAGUCCCUAUGUUCAGUAUUGGGGUGCCCUUGGGGAGCCCAGUUUCUUUGAGGCUCCAGCCCCUCUUUUAGCUACCCUUGAAUGGGUGUUACCCCUGUAUUUAUGGAAAUAAAGUUCCAUUUACUCAG